UCGUUCAGUUUCGGAGCAGAAUGCGGUAAUGCGCGAUCUGAUUUCAUGUCUCUGCACACGAGACCCGCUUUAUCUCAAUAAAAAUAAUCCUCCAAACAAAUUACCAAUCUGUUGAUGAGAAAAACAAAAGCUCAAAGAUGUCCGUAAAAAUAUGUGACAGUGUAACGCAGUGGAAUACAUUCAGUUGAGUGAAGUGAAGCCCAACAAAUUCCAAAUAUAAAUUCAGUGUUUUUGGUGUUGAAUGGCGGGGGGGUGGAAAGGGUUGAAAACAAGUGCUGUGUGAGGCCUCGGAGGCGUCCGGACGUUGGAGGUGAAAAAAAAGGUCUGGUGAAUGAAGAAAAAAAAAGACCUCGAGGAACAGCAGUGAAAUUAACGAAUAAAUCAAGAAAAUAAAUAUCAAGAUGUCGUCUGGACACAGCAGUAGAAGUCGUAGUGUGCACAUAAGUUCAAUAUUUCAGAAGAUACAAGGACGUUUUGCAGAUGCAAUGACACCACCAAAAUUAUCAACCGACAAACGAAUGUUGGACAAAACAUGGAAAUUGAUGGACAAAGUUGUUAAGCUGUGUCAACAGCAACGUAUGAAUCUUAAAAAUUCACCUCCAUUCAUUCUCGAUAUACUGCCAGACACUUAUCAACGUUUACGUUUGAUAUACAGUAAAUACGAGGAUCGUAUGCAUGUACUGCACAGUAAUGAACACUUCUGUGUAUUUAUUAAUAAUUUAAUGAGGAAAUGCAAACAGGCUAUUAAGUUAUUUAAAGAGGGAAAAGAGAAAAUGUUCGAUGAGGGAUCGCAUUAUCGUAGAAAUUUAACGAAAUUGAGUCUCGUGUUCAGUCAUAUGCUAUCUGAAUUGAAGGCCAUAUUUCCAAACGGCGUCUUUGCUGGUGAUCAGUUUCGCAUCACAAAAUCCGACGCUGCUGAAUUUUGGAAGGAACGAUUUGGUAACAGUACUCUGGUCCCAUGGAAAAUAUUUAGACAGGAAUUGAACCAGGUUCAUCCCAUAAGCACUGGAUUGCAGGCAAUGGCGCUCAAAUCAACAAUUGAUCUUACAUGCAAUGAUUACAUUUCGAAUUUUGAGUUUGACGUUUUCACAAGACUGUUUCAACCGUGGUCAACGUUAUUACGCAAUUGGAAGAUAUUGGCAGUUACUCAUCCUGGUUACGUAGCUUUCCUCACCUACGACGAGGUGAAGGCACGAUUACAAAAGUAUUGCAUCGCAAAGCCGGGAAGCUAUGUGUUUAGAUUGAGCUGCACGAGAUUAGGGCAGUGGGCAAUUGGAUAUGUCACAUCGGAUGGUGAUAUUCUCCAGACGAUCCCACAUAAUAAGAGUCUGUGUCAAGCACUUUUGGAUGGUUAUCGAGAAGGCUUCUACUUAUAUCCAGACGGAAGGAAUAUAAAUCCAGAUUUAACAUCGGCAGUUCAACCAACACCAGAAGAGCACAUUAAAGUGACAGCCGAACAGUACGAAUUGUACUGCGAAAUGGGUAGUACAUUCCAAUUGUGCAAAAUCUGCGCUGAACAUGAUAAGGACGUGAGGAUAGAGCCUUGCGGACACUUAUUAUGCACACCGUGUCUGACAGCCUGGCAGGUAGAUUCGGAAGGGCAAGGCUGUCCAUUCUGUCGUGCAGAGAUUAAGGGAACGGAGCAAAUAGUAGUUGAUCCAUUCGAUCCACGAAGGACCCAUCGACCCGGGGCACAAUCAGCAUCAGCCAGCAAUGCUUCGACACCCACGAGGGAUCUUGACCAUGACGCCGAGGAUAUCAUUGAGUUAUGCAAUGGCAACUGCGGACUGAUGUGCGAUGAUUCGGAUGACGAGGAGGACUCUAGUUUAACGAAUUCACCGGUGCAAACGAGGAGAAUCGUGCCUAGUCCGCCCUUGCCACCCAGGAGAUCGCCGACUCCUAACAAUCACUCGAGAAAUACUCGGCAUUUGACAGUGCCCAAAGAAAAUGCUCCACCGCCACCGACUGUCACUGUUAUACUAUCGUCAAGUGAAUAUAAUAAUAAAGCGACCGAUGAUAAGAGAUACGAUCUGCUUCAUCGAGCACUAUCGACGUCUCCGGUUCCCCCUGCAUCGUCAGCUCACGUGCGACCCCCAGCGCGUUCAGUUCAACGAUCGCCUCCAGCGUUGCCCGAAAAAUCAGGUCGUCAUUUAUUAUCUCAAGCCUCCACAAUUGGACCGCCUGUCCCACCACCCUUAUCAGCACCGCGACCACCAAAAAACACAAAAGACACAUCAAAACAUCAUGACUACGAGAAUACCACGACAAUACCUGGUACCAAUAAACACGUUGUGAAGAACAUUAAUUUGGAGGCAAACCGGGCCAAGUUCACAGCGCUGAUGAGGAGCAGAGAGGAACCAGGUGGAUCCGCUCACAAAACAGAACCAGCUGCUUAUGAGAAUGUUAAUGUAGAACACAUUGCAAGACUCACAGCACUUGGAUUUGCGCAAGAUGCUGUUAUCCGGGCAUUGGGAAUCACGAGAAAUGAUUUGGAUAUGGCCUACGAUAUUCUCAAUGAGUUCGCCACUAAGUCCUCCUGACCAGGAACUCAGGCGGAUGGUUCGUGACCCCCGAUCCCUCCUCGACGAUACGUCUGAGAAAUCAAUAGGGCUUUGGAUAAAGCGGGAACCAGCUGCAAAUUACCUUCAGCAACUGAUAGAGAAUGAAAUCUCAAAAAUUACCUGAAUUUCCUUCGUUAAUUGGAGGAUAAUUCGUCAUUUAAAAAGUAGAAAUACUCCAGUUAUGAAAGGUAGAAUAAAUCAAUGCGAGGUAACGCAGCGUGAAGUAAAAAAAUAUUGGUCCACCAUCAUAUCUCCGAAAAACACAGUAUCUAUUGAAGUUGAACCACAUAUUCAUGGGCCAAGUGUAUCACAGGUAUUUUCGUUUUUUUUUUCAACCUCACGCGAAUUCGACGAAUAUUAUUUCGUAAUACUGAACUUAAGUUGAUGCAAAGAAGCCUGCAAAACCACAAUAAGCCAUACGUCAUUUGCAUGAUUAUUACUAUUAUUUAUUUAUUAUAGUGUAUUCGUCAAAUGUGAUAUUUAUGUUUAACUGUUAAGUUAAUGACGUUGUUAUAUCAUUAAAAAAUGUGUCAUGAGAAAACGUACAAAUUUGCACAAAUUUUCUUUUGUAUGUUCUUAAUUCUUUUGGAUAAUCUUUUCACGUUCACUCGUGUGAAAAAAAACCCAAUAAUGGUUUUGAAAUAAUUAAUUAUAUAUUUUUCCGCAGUGAACAAAUUCAUCGUCUCCAUUUGAAAAUAUCACUGACUGAACCGAUUAAAAGAUAACCCAAUGAAAGAAAAAAAAUGUAAAUAUGAACACCAAAACUAAUUUAUUAUUAUUAACUAAUAGUCCCAUCCAAAUAUCUAUUAUCAAAAAGCGCAAAGAAUUUAAAAAACUGUUGCAGGUAGAUUUCCACCCGUUGUGUGUAUACGAAAUUCACUCCUUCGAUAACAAACUAAAAAUGAGUAAACAUGAGAAAUCGUGUAAAAAUUUUGGAAUUUCAAUCAUGCAGUAGCAUUUUUUUCGGCAUAAAUAAUAAAUGAAAUACUGAAAUAUAGUUAUUAAAGUUAUUGAUAAAAACAAAAGUAAUCUCCAUGCCUGUUACAAACUACAGCCAUUUCGAAAAUGUUUCACGGUUCGAUAAAGAAUGGAUAAAGAUUAAUGAGUAAAGGAAGAGCGACAUUGCUACUGGCAAAAAAAAAUGUAAAAUUUAUUAGAAUGAUUCUACACUGUCAAAGAGAAAUAAAACGGGUAUAAAAAAAUGUACGGGAACCACUGGGUUAGAUCUAGAAAUUUCUCCCGUAUGAAAAAAUCGAAAAAAAUGGUGAAGAAUUAAAUGAAUUAACAAAUGAUCCUUGCGAUGUUUUAUCUGUAAAGCAGUUGAUGAACUUAGCUAUCCUAUUUUUCUACAUUUAAUAUACGCAUUAAUGUAUUUCUCCCUUAAUACCAUUGGAAGUCGAAUUGAAAUUAGUAAAACCAGUAGAGCUGUAAAAAAUUCAGAAUCGAGGUAUGAGAUACGUUCAAGACUUCUACCAUUUUACUACAGAAUUGACCCAGCAAUUUACCCUGUGAUUUAUGCAGAACGGGGGAUAAUGAAUAAUGAAGAAUGUCGUGCGAUAUAUGCACUGACAACUUCCUCGUUAUUUAACUAUUAACAUUAUUUCAUUAUCAACAAGACACUAAAGUAAAGUGAUGUUUUCAUUAGAAAUUUUUUCCGAAACUUGUGUUUUGUGUAUUUCUGUGUAAAAUUCAAAAAAAUAAAAUUCAAAUUUGUGCAUCAUGUGGUGAAAA